GGCGUGGGCCUGGCCGGAGCCGGGCGAGUGCAAGCAAGCUCUCCUUAAACGGAGCUGGGGGGCCGGAAGUAGCGCUCCUCGGAGCGGAGGGGGGCGGAAACUGGGCGCCCGGACUUUGCGGGAAAUGCUACGCACCCACCCCGACACAGAGACGCCGGUGCGGUGGCUGCCGGCGCCGUCUGGACGAGAGGGGCGUUUAGGCCGGUUGGGACGCGCGGGCCGGAAGUGCCCCGCCGUCGGCGCGGUGCUUGCUGGGAAGUGUAGUUCUCGCGCGGGGCUUGCCGGGAAAUGUAGUUCUUUUGGGUGGCCCAGGGCGGUGGCCUCCCGUCCCCAGGACCUGGUGGACGGUCGGGCAUGGUAGACACGAGAUGGCUGGGCCGGUGAGCUCCGGAGGCCCCAUUGGGGCUGGGACUCUGGCAGGAGGAGCGCGAUCCAAGGUAGCCCCGAGCGUGGACUUUGAUCACAGCUGCUCUGACAGUGUCGAGUACCUGACCCUCAACUUUGGGCCCUUCGAGACUGUGCAUCGCUGGCGGCGACUCCCGCCCUGCGACGAAUUCGUGGGGGCCCGACGCAGCAAGCACACGGUGGUAGCCUAUAAAGAUGCAAUUUAUGUAUUUGGUGGAGACAAUGGGAAGACGAUGCUCAAUGACCUCCUGCGCUUUGACGUGAAGGACUGUUCCUGGUGCAGGGCCUUCACCACUGGGGCCCCCCCGGCCCCCCGCUACCAUCACUCAGCCGUGGUCUACGGGAGCAGCAUGUUCGUCUUUGGGGGCUACACAGGAGACAUCUACUCUAACUCCAACUUGAAGAAUAAAAAUGACCUCUUCGAAUAUAAGUUUGCAACGGGCCAGUGGACAGAGUGGAAGAUCGAGGGGCGGUUGCCUGUUGCCAGGUCGGCCCACGGUGCUACAGUGUACAGUGAUAAGCUCUGGAUCUUUGCUGGUUAUGAUGGCAAUGCCAGGUUGAAUGAUAUGUGGACCAUUGGCCUCCAGGACCGGGAGCUCACAUGCUGGGAAGAGGUGGCCCAGAGUGGGGAGAUACCUCCGUCCUGCUGCAACUUUCCUGUGGCCGUGUGCCGGGACAAGAUGUUCGUGUUCUCCGGGCAGAGUGGUGCCAAGAUCACCAACAACCUCUUCCAGUUUGAAUUUAAGGACAAAACGUGGACUCGCAUCCCCACCGAGCACCUGCUCCGGGGCUCCCCCCCACCUCCUCAGCGGCGCUACGGCCACACCAUGGUGGCUUUUGACCGCCACCUCUAUGUGUUUGGCGGCGCGGCAGACAACACACUGCCCAACGAGCUGCACUGCUAUGACGUGGACUUCCAAACGUGGGAGGUGGUCCAGCCCAGUUCCGACAGUGAGGUUGGUGGAGCUGAGGUGCCUGAACGAGUGUCUGCAUCUGAGGAGGUGCCUGCACUUGCCUCUGAGGAUCGCGGCGGCUUCAAGAAGUCCCGAGAGGUGUUUGGGCUAGACUUUGGCACCACCACAGCCAGACAGCCUGCCCCGCCUGCCUCGGAGCUGCCAAGCGGCAGGCUCUUCCAUGCGGCUGCUGUGAUCUCAGACGCCAUGUACAUCUUCGGGGGCACUGUGGACAACAACAUCCGCAGCGGCGAGAUGUAUCGCUUCCAGUUCUCCUGCUAUCCCAAGUGCACGCUGCAUGAAGACUAUGGACGGCUGUGGGAGAGUCGGCAGUUCUGCGAUGUGGAAUUUGUGCUGGGUGAGAAGGAAGAGUGUGUGCAGGGCCACAUGGCCAUCGUCACAGCACGAAGCCGCUGGCUCCGUAGGAAGAUCGUCCAGGUGCGGGAAAGACUGGCCCAGAAACCAGAGGAGGAAGCUCCUGGGGUGGCCUCUGGCAGUGUCCAGCUGCCCCUGCUGCGCGUGGCCAUUCGUGAGGCCGAAGCCCGACCCUUUGAGGUGCUCAUGCAGUUCCUGUACACAGACAAGAUCAGAUACCCCAGGAAAGGCCAUGUGGAAGAUGUGCUGCUCAUCAUGGACGUGUACAAGCUAGCCCUGAGCUUCCAGCUAUGCCGCCUAGAGCAGCUGUGCCGACAGUACAUCGAGGCAUCUGUGGACCUCCAGAAUGUCCUGGUUGUGUGUGAGAGUGCUGCCAGGCUGGAACUGAGCCAACUCAAGGAGCACUGCCUGAACUUCGUGGUGAAGGAGUCCCACUUCAACCAGGUGAUCAUGAUGAAGGAGUUCGAGCACCUCUCAUCCCCUCUCAUCGUGGAGAUUGUGCGGCGGAAGCAGCAGCCACCCUCACGUGCUCCCUCGGACCAGCCUGUAGACAUUGGUACAUCUUUGAUCCAAGACAUGAAAGCAUACCUGGAAGGGGCUGGUGCAGAGUUCUGUGAUAUUACACUACUGCUGGAUGGGCACCCACGACCAGCCCACAAGGCCAUCCUGGCAGCUCGCUCCAGCUACUUUGAGGCCAUGUUCCGGUCCUUCAUGCCUGAGGAUGGGCAGGUGAACAUUUCUAUCGGGGAGAUGGUGCCCAGCAGGCAGGCCUUCGAGUCCAUGUUGCGCUACAUCUACUAUGGUGAGGUCAACAUGCCGCCCGAGGACUCACUCUACCUGUUUGCGGCCCCCUACUACUAUGGCUUCUACAACAACCGGCUGCAAGCCUACUGCAAGCAGAACCUGGAGAUGAAUGUGACGGUGCAGAAUGUGCUACAGAUCUUGGAGGCGGCAGAUAAGACACAGGCGCUGGACAUGAAACGGCAUUGCCUGCACAUCAUCGUGCACCAGUUCACCAAGGUCUCCAAGCUGCCCACACUGCGCUCACUGAGUCAGCAGCUGCUGCUGGACAUCAUUGACUCUCUGGCCUCCCACAUCUCCGACAAACAGUGCGCAGAGCUGGGUGCUGACAUAUGAGAGCCUCAUGCUUUCAGUGGGUGACUGCACUGGCCCUGCUC